UCUUCAUAAUGAGCACUGCAAUAAGUCAAAGAAGGCCAAGAGCUCAUCAUAGAUUCAGCAAGGUAACAGAGAGCCUGUACCUUAGUAACAACAAAGCAGCCUACAAUAAGACUCAAUUACAAGCUCAUGGGAUCACUUGUGUAAUCAAUGUGUCCUUAGAGGGUCCUGUUGGUACCCCUCCUGUCCCAGAGUAUUUCCAUUUUUCUGUAGCAGAUAUUCCAGAGACCCCUUUGUGUGACUACUUUGAAACUGUAGCAGAUAAGAUCCAUGAAGUGGAAGCAAAUGGAGGAUGCACAUUAGUACAUUGUGUAGCUGGUAUCAGCAGAUCUGCUACACUCUGCCUCGCGUAUCUAAUGAAGCAUGGUGCAAAUACCUUGCUGGAGGCACAUACCCACUUAAAGAAAUGCAGACCCUUCAUUGAGCCCAAUAUUGGUUUCUGGGGCCAGCUCAUUGCCUAUGAACUGAAAUUGUAUGGGAGAAAUACAGUCCAUUUAAUCACAUCUCCAAUAGGAAUUAUACCAUCUGUCUCUGAAGAAAAGACAAAGAAUAUGAUUCCACUGUGAAAGGAAAAUGAUUGACUGGAAUAAGGAAAAUAUAAGGUACAAUAUCUUACA